CAGUAAGGAAGGAACCUCUCUCCAACAUGACGGCGACCAUAGACAACAGCAAUGCUGCACAGGCGACAAAGAAAAAGCACCUCGGGAUCCCCGAAGCAGUGUUCGUGGAGGACGUGGACUCCUUUAUGAAGCUGCCUGGGAACGAGACGGCCGACUCCGCGCUAAGAAAGCUUGACGAACAGUACCAGAAGUAUAAAUACAUGGAGCUCAACCUGUCUCAGAAGAAACUCCGGUUGAAAAACCAGAUCCCACAAAUCACACAGACACUAGAAAUUCUACGACACAUGCAGAAGAAAAAGGAUACCACAGAAUCAAUGGAAACACAUUUCCUCCUGGCUGACAACGUUUACUGCAAGGCCUCCGUGCCGCCCACCGACAAAGUUUGCCUAUGGUUAGGAGCUAACGUCAUGUUAGAGUACGACAUCGACGAAGCUCAGGCGCUCCUGGAGAAGAACUUGUCCACGGCGUCCCGCAACGUGGAGACCCUCGAGGAGGAUUUAGACUUCCUGCGAGACCAGUUCACCACCACUGAAGUCAACAUGGCACGAGUCUACAACUGGGAUGUGAAGAGAAGGAGCAAAGAAAGCCUCCUAAAAUCAGACAAGCCUUAACUAAAGGGGACAGAGCCUAGGACCCCCCCCCCCCACUCCCUCCUGCUAACAUACUCCCUGGUCAUUACAACCACAAACCCCUGAAGUCGUGUGUACGUUGACCCCAGAGCUCGGCUCAUGGAGGACACGUCUGAAAGCUUUCUGAGGGUUUUGACUCARCUUGAUUCAAACCUGAUGAAUCUUUUUUUUUCAUCUUCAAAGCCGUAGAUGAAGUUGUAGACGUUGARCAUGUGUCACAAUUCUGUUUGAUUUUCAAUGUCUCCUUUGUCCAGCCAGCUCAGCCUUCCACCACUAAUGUUUUUCUGUUGAUUUGUCACUUUUUAAAGUAUUUUUUCAAGUAAAAAAACUAACAAAACAAAAAAAGAAGUCAACAAAGCAGUUUUGUAUUUUUUAAAUAUGUUUCAUUUAUUUUUAUUUAGCAGAUUGUGAAUGGGUUCUUUUGCAUCAUCUUUUCCUUUCUUAUGGACUCGACACGGCAACAUCCGCACGCCGAAGAGUUUUUAAACAGCUGACUGUAGGGUGAUAAACAACAACAAAUGCUAAGAUAAGAAUAAGAUAGUUUUGGUUGGUCACAGACUUGUAGGGGUUCACAUGAUCACAGGUAAUCCUGCUUCAGACCUGCUGCUUUUCCAUCCUUUGACCUUCUAUACUCCACCAUCUCCUCCCUGUUUUCAUCUCUUACCACUGUUCUGUCUGUAUUUAUUUGUCUUUUCUCAUUAAAAAUGAAGUUAAAAAAAAGAACAUUUGGUCAAAGAGA